CAGAUGGCAAGCGCCUGCACCAAGAUGCUUUCUGCCCCCACCCCCAGUCGGAUACAACCGAUAUACAUAUUGCCAACAUUUCCGGCUUACCUGCCUCGGGACUUUUUGGAUCCUCCAUCCCCUUCUCAAACGACCCCUUACGCUUGAGAAGCUGUCGUUCAAAACCUUGAUGUUUUGGACGACAAAGGUUUCAAGCCUUGGGCGGAAGCGGGAAUCUAACAACAUAUCGCCAAUCCCCUUGCGGUCGCUAAACGAGCAAGUGAAGGGUCGAGCAGUUGCCGUCGCCAUCGCCGCGACGUCGACACACUACCACGAUGGCGGCAUUAACGAUGCAUGAUUGUGACAUCAACUCAUGUCCUGUUCCAAGCGGGUUCGUUACCACAACGCCUCACCUGCCGGGCAACGCCGUUCUUUUGGCUAGCUUUGCUAUAGCCAUUCCCGUCAAUGUAUACUUUGGAGUUAGACACGGAACUCCACUUUAUACCCUUCUUCUAGUCGCCGGAAUAUUCCUCGAAAUCAUCGGUCAUAUCGGCAACAUUUUGUUAAGAGAUAACAUUGCCAGUCGUCCCUACUUCACCAUGUACAUGGUGGGCUCCAUCACAGGACCAACUUUCAUCGCUGCAGCAGUUUACGCCGUGCUGCCACACAUUUUAUCAGUAUAUGGCACAAGGUUUUGCCAGAUACCUUCGCCGUUAUGGCUUGGAUUGCUAUUCUUUGGCUUUGACGUCUUUACCCUUGCAUUCCAGAUUGUGGGCUGUGUGUUCACUGUCGACGGAAUUGCGAGGCCUGAGAUGAGUCAGGGUGUCAACAUACUGCUUGCUGGCUUGGGUAUCCAAGUUGCAAGCUUGCUGCUAUACUUUGGCAUCUACUACGCAUUUGUGUACAGGAUUUCAAAGCACCGAAACUAUAUCGAGGAGAAGCAUGCCCACAUUUAUCUCUCGCAGCGCUUUAGGAUAUUCCUCCUCUGCCUGCAAUCAGCGGCAGCUUUGAUUCUCGUAAGAACAAUCGCCAGGAUAGUCCAGAUCUCAGGUGGCAUCGCCUCGGAUUCUUUUCAGUCACAGACAUUGAGCCUGGUACUCGACAGCUCCAUGGUUCUGCUUGCCUGCAUUGUUCUUACAAUCAUCCCGCCGGGCGUCGCGUUUGGAACUCGUGCCUGGAACGAUACUGCACCACACAUGGUCGGAUUUUCUACAAACGGAACAUACAGGAGCGAGGGUAGCAGAAGCGGUCAUGACUACUCCCUUCAGUCUCACCGUGGUUCAUCGUCACCUAUACAGGCGCCGUACCACUCGUCACCUUACCAACCCAUCAUGCCUCUCCGCGGACAGCAGGCUAGGGGUUAUGCGAAUCAGAUACCGGCGCACUACCAGUUCCCGAACCUGCACAAGUCAACAACCAAGCCACGGCCCAUCCGUGUAGCUCCCUACAGGCCAGACGACGACGACGGAAUUAGUAGAGCCGCGGGCAGUGCGGAACUCAUGCAGCCGGGUUCUGCUGGGAGCCAGACCAGUCCCCUAUCGAACUCACAGCAUGGUUACGACAAACAAGGCUCGAAGCGAUACUCGCCUCGGCAAAGCGACAUGGUUAAAGAUGAAGCACUCUGGUGAAGAGGCAUGUUGGCUUGCGCUCAGUCUGUUGACCUGCCUCAGCCUCUUCUGUGAUUGACACACAUAUUUAACCAAUACGGUUACGCAUUUUUUUUUUAAAAGGGUUUAUGUUUGGCUAUCUGAUUUUUUUUUGGAAUUUCUUUUCUUGGGUUUACGAGGGUGUUUGUUCUUUCUGGGUGUUCAAGCGUGAUACCCUACACUGUCCUUUUCUCCGUGGUUGGCAAGCUAGUUUCUGCUACUUUUGUGACUCUAUCUGAAGUUGAAGAUGGCUUUUGAUCUUACUUUGGCGGGCUAUUUGCUUUUCUUUUUGUUAGGUUAAUCGGCAAAGUGGCAACUUGCCGUUAAGGGAUUUUUUGUUUGGGAUCAAAAUCUAAACCGUACAUUUCUGAAAGCCUCA